CCAUCAUUUCUUUUGUAUUCUGUGGUGAUAUUAGUUUUACAUGUUAUUUACGUGUUUCUUGAAUUAUAUCUUAUUUGAUUAUUCUAAUUUAUAAAUGCAGCGAAUAUUUCGAAAUUAGACUUUCGCAUUUCGCAAAAAAUAAGUAGAUAAGAACGUGUUUUAUCAAAUUAAUGUUUUUUUUUGUAAUUGUCUUACCAAAUAAUUGAGAAUUGCAUUGAAAUGAGUUCGACAGAAACAUCGUCCUUGGCUCCCAAGGAGAUGACGUUUGCGGAGAAGCAAGCUGAACGUUUGAAAAGGCUGCGUUCAUUACACACUGCUAGAAACGAAGCAAGGUCACAUAACCAUCAGGAAGUCGUGGCAGAAGAGGCAAGGAAUAAGUUGCCACCAAAUCAUGAAGCCAAACGGCGGCAGGCUGAAUGGUUACUUGAAGAUCAGCAAAAAAGAGAGGAAGCAGCCAAGCAAGGUAAAAAUUAUGAUCGAGUGAAGCUUCUCAACAUAUCUGCAGCUGAAGCUGAAAGGUUAGAACGUAAAAAGAAGAAGAAAAACCCCGACCAAGGAUUCUCAACGUACGAACAAGCAACCGUGCGUCAGUAUAAUAGGUUAGUGAAGAAUAUGCCUGGAGUAGACAUGGAGCAGUAUCAGAGACAAAAGGAUAAAUAUGGAGAUGCUUUCUACGGAGGACCGAAUGUUAUUAUACAUGGCAUGCAUGAAGACCGAAAGGAAGCUGUGGACAAAAUGGUAGAUGACUUGGAAGGUCAAAUUGCAAAGAGAGCGAAGUACUCACGGAGACGUAUUCACAAUGAUGAUGCCGACAUUGAUUAUAUUAAUGAACGGAAUGCUAAAUUUAAUAAAAAAUUGGAAAGGUUUUAUGGAGAGCAUACAGCUGAAAUUAAACAGAAUUUGGAAAGAGGUACUGCUAUUUAGAUGGUGAAGUUUUGUAUUACAUUUGCAGUUGUAAACACUAAUACAGGUAUAAAGACGUAUUGUGUAACAAAUGGAUGCACAACAGCUGUGAAGCUCCAUUGUUUAUAGACUAUAUUAAAAGAACUAUAAGACAGUUAUGGUGUUAUAAGUGAUAGUCAUUAACAUUAGACUGCGCCUGUAUGCUUGAUUACCACAUAUGUUCAUACAAUACAUAUAAUAAAUGGUAAAGAAUGAAGCUUGAAAUACUUCAGGGCACUUGUUCCUUACAGAACAUUUACUGAUAUAAACUGCAACUUGCCUUUGGAAUAACUAAUAAAAAUACCUUUAUCUUGGUGAAAAUAUAAUGUGUUCAAUUUAAAUAAAAUGCUAUUCUAUUUUAUAUUAUAUUAUAUAUUAUAUUAUUAUUUCACAUAAUAAUGUAAAAUUUGGUAAAAACAGCAUAUAACAAAUAAACUGUUCUAUGUUUACGGAAGGCAAUAUAAUUUAAUAGCAUUUUAGAAUUUAUUAUUUAGUUGUAAAUAUUUGAUCGCUGAAGACAGAAGGAUAAUGGUUGAGAAUGUAUACAACUUGAUGGAUUUUAUUAAGUAAAUAAGGUCUUGUCAAAUUUGUCUUAAUCAUGAGAGUAUUAUUGGUUACAUGAUGACUAUGUAUGUAAAGUUGAUGUAAUAAUUAAAAAAAAUUGCUAAUUUGUUUUUAAUGAGUACAUUCUAUUUACUUAUUAUGAGAGGGAAAAUUGAAACAAAUGUGUUAAACAAAUUUCGAUAACAAGUUUAUUUUGAUAAAUGUGCUGAUUAAACAAAAUAGUAAACCAUAUAUAUUUUACAUAAUACAUACUAAAUAUAAAAGCACUAUAAUGAAUACAAAAUUUUACAAUUUCUUAAUUAUUUUGUACAAGUUCCAAAGUCUCAUUACAUUAUAAUUGUAAAACACAUUUCAUGUGUGUUUUGUAAUGUAACCAUAAACAAUUGGUUCAUGCUGUGAAAAUGGUAAAUUAAAAAAAAAAAAGUUUGAAACUAACAAGGCAAAUACAUUUAAAAUGUGUUGUUACUGUAAAAUUAUAAUAACUUGCACAAAUACUUUGUAAAUAUUAAAUAGCCAUAAGCUGAACUAAGAAUAGUUAUGAUUCAAUUUUAUAAUAAUAUUUUUUUAAUUUCAUCACAAAAUUCCUUAACUUGCCAUUUUAUAAAAGAGAACUAUUUUUCUAUUAAAAUUAUAAUUGACUUACAAUUUAAAGUUUACAUAUAUAACAUUUCAAUAAGUACAUACUGUUUUUAGAAAGAGACGAUUGGACAAAGUAUAAUAGAUGUAUCUCUAUCUAAAAAUAUUACCAUUACCUAUUGAAUCUGAAGAAAACUAGGUAAAACAAAUUACUAGUUGUCUAAGUUAAAUAUUAUAAUAAUAUUUUAGAUGUAAUGGAAUAAUUGAAGAAUUGUUAUAUUUUUUCCUGGGUACUUAUCAUAGUUCUGCUUAUAAUUAUUUUUUAUUUUAUACAUAGAAAUAUUCAGUUGUAAAUAGAUAUAAAUAUGUACAAUAAGUGAGCAUAAAUUUCAAGUUUUAUACAAAGAAAUGCUUAUACUUAAUACAUACGCAAUAAAUGUGAAGUUCGGAGCUUCGACUAGAAA